CAGUCCUGCACGGCAAUCGGAAGCUCCGCAUCGGAGAGAAGGAAAAAGUGUGUUUGUAGGCUAGGCUGUGCUGCAAGUCUGGAUAGGAUAGAGGAUUGUUAUAUUCACACUGGGGAUAGGUGUGUCUGUUACUUUCUCAGUAUUAAAGCAUGAUCAGGUGCAAAAUUAACCAGUGCCUUUAGAAUUAGAAUUCAUUCACAAUGUCAACAGCCUGUAACUGGUUAAGCAUUUUCUUGUGCUUGAGGGGCACAGCCAAUAAUAAAAAGGCUAUUCAUCAGAUUCAUCCCAACCAGAAGUCAUUUGAUGCCGUGGUUGUCUGGAAAGGCAAAGCAGGAUUACAGAAGAGUACAGGUGGCGUGGCCUAUGACUAUAUCCUGAAGCCAGCAGCUGAUGCCGCCCCCAAAAUCUCCUCCCCUCCCAAGGAGAAACCCCUUACACAUGAUGAAAUCUUUGAAAAGCUUCAAAAGGCAGAGGCCAGAAGACAGUCCUUAGAAGCUCAGAAGCUAGAGUUUGUAGCAAAGGAAAAACAAAAAAUGCAGGAGGCCUUGUUAAAAUCCCAGAAAGAAGAGGAGGAGAAAGCAAAAGCUGCUCAGGCCAAACUCAGGAGGUCAAUGGAGGUCACCAAAGAGAACCGAGAACAGCAAAUACAGAGUCUGCAGGAGAAACUACGCGAACAUCUGGCCAAAGUAAAUGAAGUAUGUAGAAAUAGUGAGACUGAGAGCAAAGAACUAGAAGAUAAACUCGCUCAAAAGUACGAGGCUUAUGAAGAAAACCGCAAAAACCAGCUUCAGUCUAUUGUCAAGCGCCUACAGGACCAUGCAAAACAUAUUGAGGAAGUAUGCAAGACUAGUGAGAAUAUGAGCAAGACCUCUGAGGAGAAAAUUAUCCAGAAAUUGGAGAAUGCCCUCAAGAACCGUGAAGAGCAUUUUAAAGCACUGCAAGAAAGACUUAAAGAUCAUGAGCGUAAAAUUGAGGAGGUGAGAAAGAACAAGAUGACCAUGUCUGCCUGCUCUAUGGAAGGAAGUGUGACCUGCUAGAUCCACAAUACACUCCAAUCCAGCACCAGCUUUUCUGCCUAACCGACAUCAUUUACAAAAUCACAAAGAAAACACAGAUAGCUGUUAGAAAGAAAGACAUUUCUUAAUUCUAAAUAUUUUUGUUUCAUUAUCUGGUUAAUGAAUUCAUUCGAAGGCACAGGUGUGAGUGCUCCGAAAAAAUAGUAGUGCUAAGUAUUUAAGAAAAGUUGCUUUGUUCCAUGUUUUUGAAAACAAGUUUGGUGUUGCAGUUAUCAGUCUUAACAUUGAAAAUUAAUAAUUUUAAUACCAGGAUUGUGGAUUCAUAUGGACAGCUCUGCAAUAUGUAUUGUAGAAUUUGUUCCUCUUCCGCUUUCGCAAAAUUGUUCCCGACUUUGAGCAGUUCAGUAUGCACAUGUCAUGGUCAUUGAGAAAACAUUGCACCUUAAAUUCUACCACUUAAACAUAUGCAGCAGCAAUAUGAAUGAAAGUGAAAUGUUUAAAGAAUAGAGUGAUCUAUCAACCAAUAUUCUAUGUAGUGAUGUAAUACAUUUUUGUCCAUAAUUUAAGUGUCUUUGUCAAAUUCAAUUGGUACUGUUUUGCACUGUUAAAAAUUUUUAUGCUUGAAAUAAUUUUUACUAAUUUAGAUAUAUAUAUGAUAUAUAUAUAUAU